AUGCGAUCUUUCGUUGCUACGGCCCUUGCGGCUGCUGGCGUGGCGAGUGCCUAUGACUUCUCCAACCUCGCAGCUAGCAAGAACAACUAUGGCUCUCCUUUCCCAGACACUGUCUACCCAGACUUCGUCUCCAAGGAUCCAGUCGUAGUCGAAGGAAGUAAGGAAUUCCAACAGAGCCCUCCCAAGUACCCAUCACCAUGGACUGAGGGUCUUGGAGACUGGAGCGAAGCCUACGAGAAGGCUCGUGACUUCGUCAGCCAGCUUACUCUCACGGAGAAGGUCAACUUGACAACCGGUACUGGAUGGCAACUCGAACGCUGCGUCGGCCAAACCGGUGGCAUCCCACGCCUUGCCUUCCGCUCCCUCUGUCUGCAGGACAGCCCCAGCGGUAUUCGAUUCGCCGAUUACGUUUCCGUUUUCCCCGCCGGCGUGAACGUCGCUGCCACUUGGGACAAGAAAGUGGCCUUUGACCGCGGUGCUGCAAUGGGAGCGGAGCACAAGGGCAAGGGCGUUGAUAUCCAGCUUGCGCCUGUCGCUGGUCCUCUUGGUCGUGUCCCAGAGGGCGGCCGAAACUGGGAGGGCUUCAGUCCUGACCCUGCGCUUACUGGUGUGAUGUUCGCUGAGAGCAUUAAGGGUAUUCAGAGCGAGGGUGUCAUGGCUUGCGGAAAGCAUUACAUCAUGAACGAGCAAGAUCAUUUCCGCUUAAAACCGGACUCGGAGGCCUAUGGCUUCAACAUCUCCGAGCCUUUCUCUGCCAACGUCGACGACGAGACCCUCCACGAGAUGUACCUGUGGCCGUUCGCCGACGGAGUCAAGGCUGGUGUUGCGUCGAUCAUGUGCUCGUACAAUCAGGUCAACAGCAGCCAGGCAUGCCAGAACUCAUACCUCCUGAACUACAUCCUCAAGGGCGAACUUGGUUUCCAGGGCUUCGUCAUGUCUGACUGGCUCGGCACACACUCUGGUGUUGCCAGCACGCUCGCCGGUCUCGACAUGACCAUGCCCGGAGAGACCACUUCAUACAACAGCGUGGAGACCUGGUUCGGCGGUAACCUCACCGCAGCAGUUCUCAACGGCACUGUUCCCGCUUGGAGACUGGACGACAUGGCCAUGCGUAUCAUGGCUGGCUUCUUCUACGUUGAGCGAGAGAUCGAGAGAGAUCCUAUCAACUUCUCCUCCUGGACCAAGGACACCUACGGGUACGAGCACUACUACGUGGGCGAAGGCGGUGUGACCCAGGUUAACGACCACGUCGAUGUUCGUGGUGAGCAUGGCAAGCUCAUUCGCCAGUGGGGUGCCGAGUCCACUGUCCUGCUCAAGAACGUCAACGGCGCUCUCCCCCUGACUGGCAAGGAGCCCCUGACCGCGGUCUUUGGCUACGAUGCUGGUGGCAACCCAGACGGUCCAAACUCUUGCGAAGAUAGAGGAUGCAACAACGGCAGUCUCGCAAUGAGUUGGGGUUCAGGAAGCACCGAUUUCACCUACUUGGUCACUCCGGACACUGCGCUUCAGAACGAGGUCGUCUCCAAUGGUGGCGCUUAUGAGAGCGUGCUCAACAACUACGGACUGGAGUACAUUGGCGAGCUCGCCCGGCGCUCCAACGUAUCCAUCGUGUUUGCCAACAGCAAUGCUGGCGAAUGGUACUUGCAGGUGGACGGUAACUUGGGUGACCGUAACAAUCUUACAUUCUGGGGAGGUGCUGAUGAGGCUCUCGCGAGAGUUGCCGGCAACUGCAGCAACACUAUCCUCGUCAUUCACUCAGUCGGCCCUGUAGAGUUGGAGAAAUACAAGAAUCACGAGAACAUCACGGCCAUCCUCUGGGCUGGCGUGCCCGGCCAGGAGACUGGCAACGCCAUUGCAGACGUCCUCUCCGGCCGUGUCAACCCAGGAGCCAAGCUCCCCUUCACUAUCGGCAAGAAUCGCAAGGACUACGGCGCCGACGUCCUCUACACGCCAAACCACCCAGUCCCCCAAAUCGACCACCAAGAGGGCAAAUUCAUCGACUACCGCGCCUUCGACCUCCACAACAUCACGCCAACCUACGAGUUCGGCUACGGUCUCUCCUACACGACCUUCAACUACACCGACCUCAAAGUCACCAAAGUCAACACCUCGCCCUAUACCCCCUACAUGGGAGAAUCCAAACCCGCCCCAACCUUCGGCAACUUCAGCAAGAACCCAGCUGACUACACCUUCCCCGCCAACUUCACCCGCGUCUCCCUCUUCCACUACCCCUGGCUCAACUCCACCAACCUCACCGCCGCCUCCGCAGACCCACACUACGGCCUCCCCGGCUUCAUCCCAGAGAACGCCACCGACGGCACCGCCCAACCGAUCCCCAAAGCCGGCGGCGCCCCCGGCGGCAACCCCUCCCUCUACGAAACCGUCUACCGCGUCGAAGCAACCAUCACCAACACGGGCCCCGUCGCCGGCUACGAAGUCGCGCAGCUGUACAUUUCGCGCGGCGGUCCGUACGACCCCGUCCGGGAACUCAGGGGUUUCGAGAAGUUGUGGAUUGAGGCGGGCGAGUCGCGGACGUUUGUGUAUGAGGUUACGAGGAGGGAUGUCAGUUCUUGGAGUUCGGGGGAGCAGGAUUGGUAUGUGAGGAAUUCGACCAAGAAGGUGUUUGUGGGGGCUUCGAGUCGGGAUUUGCCGCUUGUGGCGACGUUGUCGUGA